CCAAUCAGAAGUCCGCUUCCUGGCUCCGCUCACAGUGACUGCAGUGUGUCUCAGAGCCGGACAGCUAGUCAGCUAAUUUACUGACAGAAAGCUAAAAACAAAACACUUUACCAUUUAUUAGGUGGCUCCGUGUCCUGCCCCGAACAUCGCCCGGGUGUCCAGCUCACUCUCUCCGCCGCUAUCUGCACCAUGGUCGGUGUUAAAGUAAUCGGGAGCGACCCGGACUUCCAGCCGGAGCUUGCGGCCGCCGGCUCCAGACUCGCCGUGGUGAAGUUCACAAUGGCCUCGUGUCAGCCCUGCAUCAGAAUGGCUCCGAUCUUCAACACAUUGAGUAAUAAAUACCCACAGGUCGUCUUCCUCGAAGUAGACGUUCAUGUCUGUCCGGCGACGUCAGCAGCCAACAACAUCACCGCCACACCGACCUUCCAGUUCUUCCGGAACCGGGUCCGAGUGGAUCAGUACCAGGGAGCCGACCCCGCAGGUCUGGAGGAGAAGAUCAGACAGCACACAGAGAACGACCCGGGAAACAGCGAGGACUCGGACAUUCCUAAAGGAUACAUGGACCUGAUGCCUUUUGUUAACAAAGCUGGCUGUGAGUGCCUGAAUGAGAGCGACGACUGUGGAUUUGACAACUGUUUAAUCAAAGACUCGUCCUACCUGGAGUCCGACUGCGACGAACAGUUAUUGAUCACGAUCGCCUUCAACCAGCCGGUGAAGCUCUUCUCUAUGAAGCUACAGUCCUCAGACUUCGCUCAAGCCCCGAAGGUGGUGAAAGUGUUCAUCAACCUCCCUCGGUCGAUGGGUUUCGACGACGCCGAGCGAAGCGAAGCCACUCAGGCUCUGGAGCUGUCAGAGGACGACUACAAAGACGACGGACUGAUUCCUCUGCGCUACGUCAAGUUUCAGAACGUACAGAGUGUCACGUUGUUCAUUAAAUCGAACCAGGGAGACGAGGAGACGACAAAAAUCAACUACCUGACGUUCAUCGGGACUCCAGUCCAGGCCACCAACAUGAACGACUUCAAGAGGGUUGUAGGAAAGAAAGGAGAGAGCCACUGAGCUGGAGAAGAAGAGGAGGAAGAGGAUGAGGAGGAGGC